CUGCAAUUCGCUCAUGUACACGGGGGCACUAGGCCGAGUGAACGCGCUCGAGUUCCGCAGCCCGUCCAAGGGAACGGUGCCUACACCCGCAGCCGUCGCGCCUGCGCCCAGCGACGUCUUUGAGCGAGCAUUCUCCAAGGUGAAGGAGAUUGCUCUGACUUCGCCGGACUGCAGCAACUACACAGAAGCCGAACUCUUGGCAUGCUUUUCGCUUCCGUCACCGGCUUCAAGGAGCCGUCGGCCGAGCGCGGCGAGUUGCGGCGGCACCCAUGAGACCGAUCACGCCGAGACGUCUUCAAGCUCCAGCGUCAACUCGCUGCUCAAUUCACUCAGCACACUCGACCUUGCAACUGUCGCUGCUCAUAGUCCGUCCCGCUCUCCGAGCAGCCGCGCUCGCAACUCUGUUUUGCACGACAUCCCCGAGGCACUCUUCGAAGAUGACGUGUCGCCGCGCGUCGACACGACCGAAUUCACCGAAGAUGACGACGACGACGACGACACGACUAACAACGUGCGCGUCCUGUCGGCCAAAGAAGCUCACCGGCUGCUCCGCGGCGGUGGCUCGUUUGCGUCGCGCGUCAAGCAGCGCGCUCCACCCUCCAUCGCGGAGAUCGAGCUCGCCAAGCAAGCGCGCGUAGUCGAGAAGAUCAACCGCCAGAGCAUCGUUCGCCGCACAACGCUGCGACCCACGAGCAGUCGCGUGAGCUUUGCGCUGGACAUGCCGCCACCGCCCGGCGCGACAAUGACCGCGCCGCCGCCGCCCCGCGCCACGGUCGUCCUCAAGAAGCCGCCGGUGAUACGAACUGCCCGAGCGUCCACCGUCGUUUCUCACACUCGCCAAGUGCUCGUGCGGCAUGAGAAAGCUUCGUCGCAAUCCGCGCUUGACGCUGCCAAGCGCGUGAGCAACAUGAAGCUCGGGACGUCGCCCAAGAAGGCCAAGGUCAAGCACGAAGACUUGAUCACGUCCGUGCGCUGGAACAACCGGCCUCGCCGCCGACACCGACGCCUCGGCGACGAGUUGAUCAAACAGCAAGCGUCGCACGUGUCGCUGGACGUCGUAGAUCGCAUCGGCACCCGCGCCGCGUGCCCCGUGCAUUUAAUUACGGAGCAGCCGAUUGUCGACUUUUCGUACGUGCCCGGCGUCGUCGACUCGCACAACCAGCCAACCAAGCGCAAGAGCAUGCGCGUCAAGCGCGUCAAGCGGCCGUCGCUUUGGCUAGCCAUGCAUUGUACCUCGUAACGUACGCACACGAAGAAGUUCACCAUCAUCACCACGUUGAAAUACGCUAAAUGUUCAGGCACGUUGCAGCGCGGCUGUAGGUGGUUUGUCCCCCACGUUCUCUUG